AUGAUAAUAAUUGAUAUAAUGAAGGAGAGGGUUUCAGACAUUUAGAAUAUCUACAAUAAUAGUAUGGCAAUAAAACAAAUUAAGUAUAGAGAGAAACUUCGGUAAAUCUAAGAGGCUGACAUCAUGAGUUCGCUCUAUUAAUUUCGUAAAUUGACACAAUAGGAUUUAGCUCAAUUCCAAGAAGGAGCAAAACAAAUAUUUAAAAUAAUUGCGCCAGGAUUUGAUACACGAUUUAGUGAAAUCACUCUCACUUCCACCAGCAAAGUGUUCAUAGAGUUGUACUAACAUUUUGGUUUCGUGCAAAAAAGUGACGCAUUGUACAAUGAAUUACUUCACAAUUCCAAGUAGCAGAUAUUUCUGUGUCUCAUUCAGCAUUUGAUAGAUCUAACCAAAAUUGCAUUGAAGUGUGCUGUCAAACGUUUUUUGGACAUGAAGCUCUUUUGUAUAGGUAAAGAGAUUGAAAAGCCUCCCAUUUUAUUAAGCAAAAGAGUUGAAAUGAUUCAACUUGGAGCAGUUAAAAGGAAUAAAAUUAAAAGAGUUAUGCGAAGUGAAUCCAAUUCUUUACAUUAAUCUGAUAAAAAGUAAGAUCUUAGAAUUAUUAUUGAUAAAAAAGAUCGACUUUCUUUUCACGAUGUUAUUUCUCAUUAUGAUAAAAGUGAAAUCAUCAAGAAAAAUAUAAGAAAUUAUGACGAAAUCAACGUCGAUAACGUAUCUACCACUUGCAAUAGAAACAUCUAAAGAUAUCAAAGUGUCUAGAAGAACACUGAACCCACUACAUAACGAUUACAAUUCCCUAGCAUCUAUAAGAAUUCCAAUUCUGCUCUAUACAAAGUUCUGAGAUAGCGCAAUCAAUCCAUCAGUCUAACCAUAUCCAAUUACAUCAAAGAAUUGCAAGACAAAGGAACUUAUAAAGAAUGA